AUGAAGCGAAUCCUUUCCCUGAGUGUGAGGAGGCUCCACGCAGAGAGGGGAAGGGGCCUGCACAAAUCAUGCUGCUCUCUGAUGAAAUGUGUAAAACGCUUGGAUGAUCUCCCAAGGUGGAAGUGGAACCAAAGUCGCAUAGAAAAAAAUGGACUUAGGUACUUCACCACCGGCAGGAAGGAUCCACCGAAGGAGGUUAAAAAAAAAAGCGUUUUCCUCACAUGGAGAUGCUUAGGGUUCAAUUUAGCUUUGUCCCUUCCGAUUCUCUACUUCUACCUCUUGCAAUGUGAAAAGAAGAAGGGGAAGGGACAAAUUGGGGUGACUAAAGUGGAAAACAUUGGCAAGCCAUUAAUAGGAGGGGAUUUCACCCUCUUUAAUCACGAUGGGAAAGUAGUAACAAAUGAGGACUUUAAAAAAAAGUUCUGCUUAAUUUACUUUGGCUUUACUUACUGUCCAGAUAUAUGUCCACAAGAGUUGGAGAAGCAAACUAUCGUCAUUGAAAAAAUUGUAAAAAAAUAUGGAGAUGUCAUAACUCCUGUUUUUAUUUCUGUGGAUCCUAAGAGGGACACGCUAGCCCAGGUGAAGCAUUACUGCAGUUCCUUUAGUGACAAGUUAGUAGGACUGACUGGCACCAAGGAACAAAUUAAAAAAGUAGCCAAGUUAUUUCGUGUAUAUUACAACGAACAUAUUGUGGAUGACCAGGGUGGCAAAACGGACACGCAAAGUGGAGACUCCCCCCCCGCUGCCAACAAUUACAACUACCUCAUUGAUCAUUCAAUAAUUCAUUACCUACUCGAUGUGGAUGGAAAGUUUGUCGACUUUUUUGGAAAAAAUUGCACCACUAGUGAGAUGGUGGAAAGGAUAUCCCACUACAUCGACCUUCAUUUGCAGAGUGGGUCUACGGUAGGGGUCAGCGCAGGGGCGACCCUCCAGAAUACGUCCCAGUAG